CCCUAGUCUCCUUACCUUCUCCCUAGAUUGUUCGCUUAAUAUGUCCGAAAGUAUCAAGGUCGUAUGUAGAAUCAGGCCUUUGAAUGAAUCCGAAUUGGCCAAAGAUAGCAAAUUUGUGUUGUCCUUCCCUGGAGAUGGAAAGACUUCUGUCGCACUUGGGGGCAAGACCUAUAACUUUGAUCACGCCGUCAAUCCUAAAUCGUCACAAAAUGAGGUAUACGAAAUCGUUGCAAAACCCAUUGUUGCUGAUGUCCUAAAUGGCUAUAACGGCACUAUAUUUGCAUAUGGUCAGACCUCCAGUGGUAAAACUUUUACAAUGGAGGGUGUGCUUGGAGAUCCAGUCUUUCAAGGAAUUAUUCCUCGAAUAAUUCAUGAUAUCUUCAACCAUAUCUAUCAAAUGGACGAAAAUCUGGAGUUUCACAUCAAGGUCUCCUAUUUCGAAAUCUAUCUGGACAAAAUUCGGGAUCUUCUUGAUGGUUUGUCCUCUAUUAUUAAUUUUUUCUAG